CGUAGGAAGAGAAGAGAUAACUACGGGUACAUUUCGUAGACGUACAUAUGAGGAGAAUUUGUACGCAGAAACGCCAAUCGAACAAUCACACACACUCGAGCACACAAGCCAUACCUUACCAGACAUCAUUACAGAGGCUGAGGCUCAAAAACAGAUUGACGCCACAGCCGACAAAAUCGACGCAGACGUACAACCUACCGAGUCAGUGAAUAAAGAAAUCCACGAAAUGCCCAUUUAUGCUUGCGUUAACAAGAAGAAAUCAGUUCGUGCACCUCAAGAAAACAUCAAGCCGACUCCAUCGGUGGCGGUGCCUCACAGUUCAGCCUACGUGCCCAUAUGCAUCUCUCCCUCCCCGAAAGUGAAUACUCCGCCUACAACCGAAAACACACCAGAAGACAUUCGUGUCAAAGACACAAACUCCAAUACAAGCCCCAUCGAUAGCACUCAAAACAAACCUCAACGUCAAGUCCCUUUUGGCCUUUAUAAAUCUAGAAAAGAGAAAUCUGAGAAAGAUGGUUCCAAAAAGUUGGAAGAGAAAGAUUUACAAACAAAGGAAGACGCCAACAAAGACAGCCAUCAAGACACCGCUCAGCGCUCUGAUCAAAUCACAGCAAAAGACACCAGUCAAGAACCCAGUCAAGAACCCAGUCAAGAACCCAGCCAAAUUACCGAAAAAAACACCGACCAAGACUCGGUUUUUUUGUACGCGCAACUGAUUAAACCAAAACCAAAGGAACAUGAUGCAACGGAAAAAGCUGACAGUCGAAGCAAGCAUGGUAUUCAAUACGUCGAACUCGACCUCUCUGCACUCAACAAAAAGCUGUGACAACGAAUGGUCGAUACGUGACAACGGGUACUUUAUUGCAAAUUUUAAUUGAGUGACGUAUAUGUAAACUACGUCAGAAUAGAUUUAUAGUCAAUUAGUAGACCUGAUUGGUAUAACUAGAGAAUGAUGAAUACAGUAUGAAUUUGGAGAAAGCGGUGACUACGUGUUAGAUGUAAAGUUCUUAGCAUGAUGGAGAUCUACUUCUGGUUAUUAACUCCUGCGUUUUAUGUAAUACGAUAAGUGCUAUUAAUUAAACAAAAGA